AUGGCUUUGUCUGCUUCUCGUUUGCUGAGAGGCAAAACUGCCGCAAUCACCGGAGGCACCACAGGAAUCGGGCGGGCGAUAACACUGGAGUACCUGAGACAGGGAGCGAACGUCGCUGUCAACCAUCUGGGUCUUACUCGCGACGAAAAGCACCGAAAGAGUCUGCUGGAAGAAGCUGAGAAAAUCAGCAAAGCUGGAAGCAGCGAGCUGCCGACCGGCCAACUGAUAGAGCUUGCCGGCGAUGUUACCGACCCAGAAACCGGUAAGGCGCUGGUGAGCGCGGCAGUCAAGAAAUGGGGCGGCCUCGACGUCUUCGUAGCCAAUGCAGGCAUCUUCAAAGCAGCCGAAUUCUUAACGCUCGAGAAAGAUGUCUUCGACAAAAGCAUGCAAGUCAACGUCAACGGAGCCUUCUACUCCUGCCAAGCUGCGGCAAACCAGAUGGUCAAGCAAGGACGCGGUGGAUCGAUCAUUGGCAUAUCGUCAAUCAGUGCACUUGUUGGAGGCGGUUUUCAGACACAUUACACUCCUACAAAGGCUGCAGUUCUGUCGAUGAUUCAGUCGAUGGCGAUUGCGCUCGCGAAGGAUAAGAUCCGAUGCAAUGCUCUGCUGCCCGGAACCAUCCACACACAACUAGCUGAGCCGGAUAUGCAAAACGAGGAGAAGCGAAACUAUCUACAGAAGCGUAUUCCAAUGGGAGUUGGAAAGCCGGAGGAUAUGGCAGGCCCAGCAGUGUUUCUGGCUUGUCAGGAGAUGAGCGGGUUCAUGACCGGCUCUCAGGUGCUCGUGGACGGUGGCAUGUACGUGAACUUGCAAUAA